AUGACCAAGAUUCCUGCCCUUCCUCACCAGGUUGUCAAGGCGGACAAGAUCGAAGAGACCUUCAAGGACUGUAUUGACCUGGCUGUCUCCAAGCGCGGAGGCAAGGUCCUAACCGUCACCGACGAAUGGUUUGCCGAGGCCCAGAACCUUCUCUCCGCCCAAGCACCCGUCUCCCGCCCUCACCACUUCGUCCCCUCGGGCGCCUGGUUUGACGGUUGGCAGACCCGUCGUCAUAACGCCCAUUACGACUGGUGUGUCAUCGAACUCGCUCACCCUGGAACCAUUGAGGGCUUCGAAGUCGAUACUGCCUUUUUGACCGGUAAUCAUGCCCCCUUUGUCUCUAUUGAGGGCUUCAAGGAUACGUCGAAUGCUUGUAAGACCAAGCCGCGUUCGCAUGAGCAGUGGGCGGGGGUUGAGUGGGUCCCGCUUUUGGCGAAGUCGGCGCUAGAGGCGAAUGUCCGUCAUGGGUACAAGUUUGACAAGCCAAGUGAGGACGCCUUUACGCAUGUAAGGGUUUGUAUGUACCCCGACGGUGGGCUUUCGAGAGUCCGGGUCUAUGGACAGUUGCAGACUAUCUACCCCGAGAACAAGCAUGAGAUGUACGACCUUGCCGCCGUCUCCUCCGGUUCGACGGUGACAGAGUUCUCGGACGCCCAUUACGGCCACCCCUCCAACAUGCUCCUCCCUGGACGAGGACACGAUAUGUCGGACGGCUGGGAGACCCGUCGCUCCCGCACCCCUGGUCACGUCGAUUUCGCAGUCAUCAAACUCGGUCGCCCCGGACAUGUGGCCGCGAUCGAAGUCGACACUGCCCACUACAAGGGUAACGCCCCCAAGGCCGUGUCGAUCGCCGGGUUCGAGAUCGGAUCCGAUGAACCCAUUAUGCUCCUCGACCAAAAGCCCCUCCUCCCCCAUCGUCAGAAUUUCUUUGAGAUUGCAAGUGACCUGACGGAACGCCGGGUUGCGACUAUUAGGGUGAUCAUGAUCCCUGACGGUGGUAUUAAGCGGGUCCGUAUCUGGGGCUCUGCACAGUUGCCUGCAGUCCAGCCUGAGGACUCGUUGAUUGGAGUGCGUCAGGAGUUGGAGGAUGAGAAUACCUGGAACAUUCGUAAGCAUGAGCCUGUCGCUCGUGCUUAA